GGAAUGGUGGUUCACAUACACAACAGUCGACUCAAGGCCAGUGGUGUGGGCCAACACCAUAAUGCGUGCAACUAUGGCGACCAGAACUUUAAGAAGCUUCACGAAGUCUGUCUGAAGAACGGGCAGCUGUUUGAGGACCCCUUAUUCCCUGCCAGCCCCAGUUCACUGGGCUUCAAGGAACUAGGCCCCACCUCCAAAAAUGGUCAAGACAUUUCCUGGCAGCGGCCCAAGGAAAUCACCAAGAACCCUUGCUUCUUUGCAAAUGGAAUCUCUCCAACAGACAUCUGUCAGGGGAUACUUGGAGAUUGCUGGCUGCUGGCUGCCAUCGGCUCCCUUACCACAUGCCCCAGACUGCUGUACCGUGUGGUGCCCAAGGAGCAGAGCUUCGAAAAAGACUAUGCUGGCAUCUUCCAUUUCCAGAUUUGGCAGUUUGGGCAGUGGGUGGACGUAGUGGUGGAUGACCGGCUGCCCACCAAGAAUAACAAGCUGGUGUUCCUACACUCACCUGAGCACUCUGAGUUCUGGGGUGCCCUGCUGGAGAAAGCAUAUGCCAAGUUGAGCGGGUCCUAUGAAGCACUGUCUGGGGGCAGCACAAUGGAGGGCUUUGAGGACUUCACCGGGGGUGUGGCCCAGAACUUCCAGCUCCAGAGCCCCCCUCAAGACCUGCUGAGGCUCCUUAGAAAGGCUAUGGCUCGAUCCUCCCUCAUGGGUUGCUCCAUCGAAAUCGCCAACGACACUGAGUUGGAAUCAAUGACCCAGAAGAAGCUGGUUAGAGGCCAUGCUUACUCAGUGACUGGCCUUCAUGAUGUCACCUACAGAGGCAAGAUGGAAACACUGAUUCGGGUCCGGAAUCCCUGGGGUCGGAUUGAGUGGACCGGAGCAUGGAGUGACAACUCUAGGGAGUGGGAAGAGGUGGCCCGAGACAUUGAGAUAAAGCUGCUGCACAAGAAGGAGGAUGGGGAGUUCUGGAUGUCCUACGAAGAUUUCCUGAGCAACUUCUCUCUCCUGGAGGUCUGCAACCUCACACCUGACGCGCUGUCUGGGGACAGCAAGAGCUAUUGGCACACAACCUACUUUGAGGGCCGCUGGCGCAGAGGCAGCACCGCGGGGGGCUGCAGGAACCACCCCAGUACCUUCUGGACCAACCCCCAGUUUAAGAUCUUUCUCCCUGAGGAGGACGACCCAGAUGAUGACUUAGAGGACAAUCCAGUCGUCUGCACCUGCCUGGUGGCCCUGAUGCAGAAGAACUGGCGGCAUGCAAAGCCUGAGGGGGCCCAGCUGCAGAGCAUUGGCUUUGUCAUCUUCACGGUCCCAAAGGAGUUUCAGAACAUUCAGGAUGUCCACUUGAAGAGGGACUUCUUCGUGAAGUACCAGGACCUCGGCUUUUCAGAGAUGUUUGCCAACUCGAGGGAGGUAAGCAACCAACUGCGGCUGCCACCGGGGGAAUAUAUCAUUAUUCCCUCCACCUUCGAGCCACACAAAGAUGCUGACUUCCUUCUUCGGAUCUUCACAGAGAAGCACAGCGAGUCCUGGGAACUGGAUGAAGUCAACUAUGCUGAGCAGCUCCAAGAGGAGGAACCCUCUGAGAAAGAAAUGGACAAGGAAUUCAUACAUUUGUUUGAGAUAGUGGCAGGAGAGGGCAAGGAGCUAGGUGUAUUUCAACUGCGGAGGCUGCUCAACAAGAUGGUCUCCAAACUCAAAAGCAUCAGGAGCCAGGACUUUGGCGUGGAUGCUUGCCGCUGCAUGAUCAACACCAUGGAUAAAGACGGCUCUGGCAAGCUGGGACUUCUAGAGUUCCAGGUGCUGUGGAAAAAAAUCAAGAAAUGGACGGACAUCUUCAGAGAAUGUGACCUGGACCACUCAGGAACCUUGAACUCUUACGAGAUGUGGUUGGCUAUUGAUAAAGCAGGCAUCAAGGUGAACAACAAGGUGCUGCAGGUACUGGUGGCCAGGUAUGCAGAUGAUGACAUGAUCAUAAAGUUUGACAGCUUCAUUACCUGUUUCCUGAGGCUAAAGGCCAUGUUCACGUUCUUUCUAACCAUGGACCCCAGGAAUACUGGCCAUAUUUGCUUAAACCUGGAACAGUGGCUGGAGAUCACCAUGUGGGGAUAGAGGUGCUGCGGGAGCCCCC